UCCAACCAUUGCAUAAGUUUAGCUCCUGUUUUUUGAUCCGAGAAUUUCAAUUUAGAACUAAACAUAGGUAAAAAGUAUUGUAGAAAUGUUUAAGCUUUUGGCUGUAUUUGCUGUGCUGUGCGGAAUUCCCGCCCAAAAUGCAGCAUUUGUUCAUCACCAAAGACCAAUGGCGUACAGAACUGCGCAACGGACAAUGUACGGCGUUCACUUUCAAAAUCAACAGUUUCGGAACCAACGAGUAGCUGCUUUCCCCGAGGAAGCUCAUUUGAAUGAUAUCGAUGGUGCGUACUUGCCUGCUGACGAUCCCAAUGCUGAUUCCUUACCUGCCCAAUACCCAUUGGAACAAAUUCCUGUCGAGGACAAACCUCAGGAAGAAGUUCCAGUUUUAUAUGAUCCCCAAGUAGAAAAUCCUAUCGCCGAUGAACCCUCUGCUGUUCCUGUCGUUCCUGUUGAUACAAGCUUGAUCCCGGAAAAGAAAGUAAAGAAAGUUCCGGUUCAAACUGACUCCAUCGAAGAAGAAGCACAAAAUACCCAGAUCGAACGCCGUCGUGGCACAUCUCGGUCUGUUGUCCCGAAUGUGUAUUUCCCAAUCAACUUUGGCAACACUAAUGGUGGAGCCAUUGCCGUUGCCAACUCGUAUAGCACCGGGAAGAAUGGAUCAUCUAUUAGUACAGCCACGGCCUACGGCAACCCAGUGACUGCUGAGCUGAGGAGAAGCUCUUCUCUUUUGCGCAAAAGACCCGCCAAGGUUCGAGUUCAACAUUAGUAGAAUGGAUGUAUUGUAUUGGGCAACACAUUUGUGAGAUAAUUUAAACUAAGGUAUGAUAUAACUCCAUCGUGCGCUUUUAGAGUGAAGCAUGUGCUACAUAUCAAUAAUUUAUUAUGUAAAUAGCUCAACCCUUUAGCAAUGGA